UCAUAAUUUUCAUGGCAAUAGGAUUUUGAUUCAAUAGGUGGUUAAUCGGAAAUGUCCUUCUUAAGCUCUCUAUUGAAACAAUACUCUUCUGCCGUGGAGAAAUCCCAAACACACCCUCUUACCAAUGAACUCUGUAGAGGAACACUUCUGGAUGCAAAACUUUGGGUUUAUCUCACGCAAGACUUGAAAUUUUUUCAAAGGGGAAUGAAUGUUUUCGGGAGGACUUUGGCUUAUUGUGAUGAUGCUAAUGCUUCAAUUACUCUUGCAAAACAGAUCGGAUUUGUGGCCAAUGAUGAGAAUGAUUACUUUGAAAAAGCAUUGAAGGAAUUGAAGGAUUCAGCUGCUAAAUCCGUACCAAAAAUGGUCAAUGACCCUACUUUAAUUCUUCCACAAGUUCAAAUCUAUUUGAAUCUUUUGGAUGAAAUGGCGUACAAAUGUACAUCCUAUGUGGAAAUUAUUACUUUUAUGUAUGUUAUGGAAUUUGUUUAUCUUGGUUGGGCAAAUUAUAACUUGCAACACGAAGACGUUAACAUGGAUAACCUUCCUUACAGGUACAAGGAGUGGAUAGUUCUUCAUAGUGGUCCAGAAUUCACCAAUUGGGUUAAUUUCUUGGAAAAUGAAGUUAACCGAGUUACAUUUGGUGCCGAUAAAGAUACACUUCAAUUAUGCGAGAACAUGUUUAUUAAAGCUGUAAAUCUUGAAAUUGAUUUUUUUGAUGCUUGCUACCAAUAUAGAGAAUAGUUUAGUUAUACAGAAAUACAAAGUUUAAUCGCAA